AUGAGGAUAUCCACCACCUCCUGUCUCUGUCCCUUUCUGGUCUGCCUCUGCUUCAUCCAGAGGUGCUAUGGGGCGAGCCACCAUGUCCCCGCCAAAGUGCUCUCCAAGAACCAGACCAAAUUGGCCAACGGGGAGACGGAAGUGCACCACAGGCCCAAGCGUGGCUGGAUCUGGAACCAAUUCUUUGUUUUAGAAGAACACAUGGGACCAGAUGCGCAGUAUGUGGGAAAGCUUCACUCGAACUCAGAUAAAGGCGAUGGAUCCGUCAGGUACAUUCUGAGCGGGGAAGGAGCCGGGACUAUAUUUAUCAUCGACGAAGUGACAGGAGACAUUCAAGCCACUAAGAGCCUGGAUCGGGAAAGGAAAACGCAUUAUGUCCUGCAUGCACAAGCCUUGGACCGCAACACAGAGGAGGCCCUGGAACCAAAGUCGGAAUUCAUCAUCAAAGUACAAGACAUCAAUGACAAUGCACCCACAUUUCCAGAUGGACCCUUUGUAGCUACGGUGCCUGAGAUGUCUGAAGUGGGCACGUCUGUGCUGCAAGUCACCGCGACGGACGCUGACGACCCCACCUAUGGAAACAGUGCCAGAAUAGUCUACAGUAUUCUACAAGGACAGCCAUAUUUCUCCGUCGACCCCAAAACAGGAAUCAUCAGGACGGCCUUAGCUAACAUGGACCGGGAAGCCAGAGAACACUACACAGUUGUUAUCCAAGCCAAAGACAUGGCGGGCCAGGUCGGAGGCCUCUCUGGCUCCACCACCAUCAACAUCACUCUGACGGACGUCAACGACAACCCGCCCAAGUUUCCCCAAAAAAAUUACCAGCUGUACGUCCCUGAAUCAGCACAAGUAGGUAAACCGGUGGGGAAGAUCAAAGCCAAUGAUGAGGACCUUGGCGUCAAUGCAGACAUCAAGUACAGCAUCAUUAACUCCGAGGGGGCCAACAUGUUUUCCAUAACCACGGACAGAGACACGAGAGAGGGAAUCAUCAGCCUCAAAAAGCCUCUGAACUACGAGAGAAAGAAAACCUACACCCUCCACAUCGAGGGGGUGAACACGCACGUGGAUCCUCGUUUUUCCUAUCUGGGUUCUUUCAAAGAUUCCACCACCCUUAAAAUAACGGUUGGGGACGUGGACGAAGCCCCCGUCUUUUCUAUGGAUUAUUAUAUCAUGGAUGUGUAUGAGAACGCACCGAGCGGCACGGAGGUGGGCGCUGUAACUGCUCGAGAUCCUGACAGCAGAAAUAGCCCUGUCAGGUAUUUCAUGGACAGCAAAGAAGAUGGAGAGAGGUACUUCAGAAUUGAUGAGAGCACUGGAGUUGUACGGACGACGCAGCCUCUGGACAGAGAAGACAUACCUUGGCACAACAUAACGGUGAUGGCCUCGGAGGUUGACAACCCCAGCCUUCUCAGUCACGUUCCUGUUACCGUCCAGGUCCUGGACGUGAACGACAAUCCGCCAGAAAUAGCCACGGACGGGGAGGUCAUUGUGUGUGAGAGCUCAAGGCCGGGACAGGUGAUCCAGACUGUCACAGCAGUGGAUAAGGAUGACUUUGCCAAUGGACAGCGGUUUUCCUUUGCUUUGCCGAGCCAGCUACCAGUUAAUCCCAACUUCACCCUGAAGGACAAUGAAGACAGCACGGCCAGCAUCAUUGCAAGGCGGCGGCGUUUCAACCACCUGACCCAGGAGCUGUACGAGUUGCCUAUUGUGGUGUGGGACGGCGGGGAGCCAUCGCUGAGCGGUACCAGCACCUUGACCCUGCGGGUGUGCCCGUGCCAGCGCCACGGCAGGAUCCGGAUGUGCCAAGGCGAGGCGUUCCUCUCCUCUGCGGGUCUCAGCACGGGGGCUUUGAUCGCCAUCCUGCUGUGUAUAGUCAUCUUGCUGGCCAUCGUUGUUCUCUUCAUCACACUGAGGCGGAGCAAGAAGGAGCCCCUCAUCAUCUCUGAAGAGGACAUUAGAGAGAAUGUGGUCACCUACGACGAUGAGGGCGGAGGCGAGGAGGAUACCGAGGCCUUCGACAUCAUCGCCCUGCGUAACCCAGCUGCCGCCGAGGAGCUCAAGUUCCGGCGGGAUGUUCGCCCGGAGGCGAGGCAGCACUGCAUCCCGCCCCGCAGCCACCGGAGCCCGUCGGUGGAGCUGGACGAGGUGGACGUGCAUGAGUUUAUCAAGCAAAGAUUGGUAGAGGCCGACUUGGACACCAGCGUGCCGCCCUACGACUCUCUCCAGACCUACGCCUACGAGGGUCAGGGCUCACCCACAGGAUCAAUCAGUCCGUUAGACUCUCCCGGCACGCAUUCGGAGCAGGAUUAUAACUACCUGGAUGACUGGGGGCCCGAGUUCCAGAAACUGGCAGAACUGUACGGAGAGGCAGAGUCAGAUGUGACAACCUAGUCUGUGAUUUCACUCCUGUUCAAACCAAAUCUGUUUGAAACCUGUUUUUCAAAAUUUUCAGUGAACAAUAUAAACAAACAGAGAUGCUUUCGAACUGGUCUGGUGGUUUUCAACUUCUAUUGUUGAACUAAAAACACUGCUCUAUUUUUUUUUUCUCCUUUUCUUUUCUUUUUUUCUUUCUUUUUUUUUUGUUCCAGUUUGUCGCUUUGGAUCAUGGGUCGUUCAUCUGGAAGUAUUAAAUCAGAUUUUGAGAUGGAAGAACAACAAUAUGGGGAAAAAGGAAAAUGGUAAUUUUCCUUGGUGUAUAUUUUUUAUUGCUCAAUA